UGUUUUGUUUUAAUCUGCCUGGGGCAGCAGCAUAGGUUGGAAGGCGGAGACUGGAAUCGCCUGCCAAGCCUGGGCUCUCGGUCACAGAGGCAGCGCCUCCCGGUUCACGCCAAGUCCAUCCCCCACCUUCUUUCGCCAUUCAUGGCCUUCCCCUCCCCUCCCCCCAUCAUGUGACCGCAGCCUGGACUCCAGGCUUGUUUUUCCCCUUAGCUCAGCCGCACCGCGCAGGCGCCUCGGAGCCCAUUCAUUCGAAAUGCGUAACAAUGAGCCCCGGGGCCCAGCGGCUCCGCGAGCUUCCCAGCUCGGCCCGAGCCCCUCUCGGCCCCCAGUGGAGGCGGCGCCUCAUUGGGGUCCCCCACCCCCGGCCGGCCACCCACUCGGGACCAACCUCCGACCCUCCGCCCACACUCGCGGAGUUGAAGUCAAACUUUCCUGGGCAGCCCCGGCGCCGCGUCGGCCCCUUCCCCCGCCCAGGCCCUCCCCAUCUCCGCACCCGGCCGGGCCACCCACCGCGCAACCCGGCCCAGAGCGCCGACCUCGCCGACUCCUCCCAGCCCCCGCCCCAGAGACCCCCCUCGGGCCGCGCCGCCGCGAAGCCCAGGUUCAAUAUAGGAAAGCCUAGGAGACCAAGAAUUGCACAGGAAACCAAGAGAUGUCAGCUGCCUGGGAGUUCCGCUAUGGACUCACCAGGUACAAGGGACAUUGUUCACAAGAGCACGUACUGCCAGUAGCACGUACAUCAGCACAGGUCAAGAGGGCUGGGAGUAUACAGUGAACUCCGUAAAAAGAAAGGC